AUGUAUGAGGAAGUGGCUGGUCAGGAUGAAGCUAAUGUUGUGAGGGAUGAAGAGAAUGUUGUGAGGGAAGAGGGAAAUGUUUUGAUGGAUGAAGAGAAUCUUGUGAGGGAAGAGGGCGCUGUUGUGAGGGAUGAAAUGAAUAUUGUCAACAUUGUGAGGGAUGAGGACAAUGUGGGAGAGGUGAAUGAUGGGUCUACUACUAAUAGUGGAGAUGAUAGUGCUGAUGAAAAUUAUGAGAGUGUUAUGGAAGUGGGAUUUGAUGAUUCAUCUGAUGGUUUUGAUGAUUUAGAGGAAGAAGAUUUGGAUGAUCUUCUUGAAGAUCUAGAGGGGGAACAAAGCAAACAACAAUUGGAUAAUGAUGGUUUGGAAGAGGAAAUAGUAAAUGACAGUGAGGAACUUGAAAGUGGUUGUGAUAGUGAAGAAGGUGGUGUUAGAAAGAAAAGUUACCCAAUGUUUAAUGUGAAGAAGGACAUGGCAUAUUACAAAUGGGAAGUUGGAGUGUACUUUAGGUCAAAGGAUGACUUCAAGGAAGCUAUAACAUCAUAUGCUGUGCAAAGUGGGAGAAAUAUGAGGUUUACAAAGAAUGACAAAGUGAGGGUGAUGGUUAAAUGCAAGGAUGGGUGUCAAUGGGAAGCCUAUUGUGCUAAAUUGCCAAAUGAAGAAACAUGGCAAUUAAGGAAAUUGGUUGACAAGCAUGAGUGUAGUAGAGAGUAUAAUGUGAAAAUGUUGACCACUAAAUGGGUGAGCAAGAGAAUUCAAAAUUCUCUGAAAAACAACCCAAGGAUGAAGAUUAAGGACAUUAAGGCAAAGGAUCAAAGGAAGUGGAAUGUGGGUGUUAACAAGACUAAGGCUAUAAGGGCAAGAUUUAAAGCUAGAGAUAUGGUUGAUGGAUCUUUCUUAGGGGAUUAUACAAGGAUUUAUGAUUAUUGUCGUGAGUUGUUAAGAGGUAACCCAGGGUCUACUAUCAAGAUUAAUGUUGAUCCAGUCCCAGAAGGUAAUGAGGACCAAAUACCAUAUUUCAAAAGGUUGUAUAUUUUGGCUGCAAUAGGGAGGGAUCCAAAUGACCAGAUGUUCCCAGUUGCAUUUGCAGUUGUAGAAGGAGAGAACAGAGAUAGCUGGACCUGGUUUUUGCGGUUGUUGAUUGAUGACCUAUGUGGUCAAGAAGGGUGUUUGACAUACACAUUCAUCCCAGACCAACAAAAGGGUCUACUACUAGCAAUGGAUGAGCUUUUGCCAGGUGUUGAACAAAGAUUCUGUGUGAGGCACCUUUAUAAUAACUUUAGGAAGAAGUAUCCUGGUAAAAUGUUGAAAGAUGCUAUCUGGAAGGCUGCAAGGUCAACAUAUGUACAAGCCUGGGAGAGAGAAAUGAGGUCUAUGAGACUUAUUAGUGAUGAGGCAUAUUUACAUAUGAUGAAGACAUCUCCAAGAUUCUGGAGUAAAUCACACUUUAAGGUAACUAACAAAUGUGAUACUCUACUCAAUAACAUGUCUGAGGCAUUCAAUAGUGUGAUCCUUGAGUCAAGGUCCAAGCCUUUAGUAACAAUGCUGGAAGAGAUCAGGACUUAUUUUAUGGAGAGAUGGGCUAGGAAUAGGAUGAGGUUUGAAAAUUUUCCUGAUGAUGCAGUGCUGCCAAACAUCAGAAAACAAGUGAAAAAACAAGUACCUACACCAACACAUGGAUUGUAA